AGAAGAACAUUCUCGCACUUCCUUAAUCAUAGCCAAUGAGGAGUCAGUUUGUUAAACGGGCGCUAAAUCUGUUGUUUGUGUACUCCAGUCAACUAAGCGGUAAUGUAAAUCGAAAAACUGUGUUUGAAUUCGUUGAAAUUUUAUGCAAAAUUACCCAGAGACGAGAUUAAGCCAGCGCGAGACACCGGGCGGUUGUCACUUGUUGUGUCACGAGCUAUGCUAAAGGAACUGGUGUCCGCUUUCUGAACUGAGUCCUAGACUGCUCUCUUCAGCUAACACUGGAUAUCUCUGCUGUUUCAUAAUGACGACUUUCCCGCAAAAUAACUUGGAAGAACAGCUGGCGAAGCACAGCAAUGCUGCUCAGAGCAAACUAUCUCUGGCCAAACCUAAAACGGGGUAAGUUUACCGAGGGUACGAGAAAGAGCAGGGGAACAAGUCAAGCUAGCUAACAGGUAGCAUUGAGCUGACAUAGGAAUAUUCCGGCGUAAAAGUAAGUUAGGGUCAAACACACAGUAACACCGAGUUAGACACCCCCUCGAGAGAUUAAUUUUGCCGACCGCUUGCUUUUCUAGUUAUACCAACUUUAGUGACGACCGCACGAUAGCAAUACACAGCAGUCUAUGGCGCUGGUGUAGCUUUGCCUGAUUUCUUUAGCAAAGAGACUAAACACAACUCACCUACUCUCUUCCAGCAGCUGCUUGUUUGUAGCGAGACCAUGGGCCAGUCCAUCACGGAGUGCUGUGGGAUGACGCAGCUCAAGGAAGAACAUUUAUGAUCAUUUCCUCAUCAAUUCCUUGAAGUAAUAUUUAUCAUAUUAAGCAUUUUGCACUGCCUUGGCAUCUUGGUCUGAUUGCAUUUCCAUGAAGUAAUGAUCAUAAAUGUUCUUCCUUGAGCUGCGUCACCCCGCUGUAGUCUGUAAAGGACUGGCCCGAGGUCUUGCUACAAACAAGCGACUGCUGGAAGAGUGAGGGUGAGUUGUGUUUAGUCUCUUUGCUAAAGAAAUUGGGCAAAGCUAAAAAGAUGUUUGGUGGCUAGUACUAUGGUUGAGACCCUAUAUGUACUGUUGAUGAAGUUAGGUGCUGUUCUGAUCAUUAUUUGUGGCUAUAGAGUGGCCUUCUGGUUGAGUGUGUGGCUCUCUGUAUUGCUAUCAUGCGGUCGUUACUAAAGUUGGUAUAUCUAGAGAGGCAAGCAGUCGGCAACAUUCAAUCUCUCGAUGAGCUGUCUAACUCUGUGUUACGGUGUGUUUGACCCUAACUUAUUUUACGCUGGAAUAUCCUUUUAAAUGUUGGAAAGAGCCCAUAAAGUGCAUGGGAUCAGGACCCAUAUUUUUGUGUUGCUCCUGAAUUUUAAUGAAUUAAAAAACAAUUGAAUAUCAACUUGUACAGGUAAGACACUGUUUUUUUCAAACUGUAAGAUUUUCAUAAUUUCACUUUUUUUCUUGUAGGGCCUUUUCUUUCAAAAAGAAGACCUCAUCAGGUACCACCAAAGUUGAAAUCCCAGCCAAGGUAAUCAACACUAAUCCUUUGGCAAACAGGGAUGGCAAUAUCCCCAAAAACAAAUUGGUGACUAAAUCUACUCUGACAUUUCCAAACAAGCUUGAUGGAUCUCAGAAAACCAAAAUCAGCAGCUUCUUCACGACAAAUUCAAAAGACAAGUCAGACUCCAACAAUUCAGCUGGGAACUGUUCUCCUGUAGGCCAGGCUCUUCCAGCAGUGUCUGCUAUCAAGGCGACAACAGCUCGCACUAAAUCUGACAGCCAGUUUGCUAGCGGCACACGAGGCAAUUCCUCAGGUUUUGAUGCAUCUCUUGGAUUUCCGAUGGAGGAGUGGGAUGAUUUUGAUGAUUUUGAAACUACAAACAAAACAAAAAAUGACUCAUUCAGUUCAGCACAUGGGAAGAGCAGCAAUUCUGUGUCACCUUCUAGUAAAGACAAAAAACAGUUCAAAGGGAGUUUGGACAGCACAAACAAGAAUGGUCCUUCCAGAAAGGGAAAAACUGGUUUGGAAACAGCUGAAGUGGAGCACAGUAUUGAAAAAGAAGCCAUCUCCCCGGGACCUAAACUCAAUCAGGACCCAGAUGAGGUUGAACCUGAGGAUUCUCCCAUUAAAGUAACCAGAAGACAUUUCCCAGCUCCCUUGGAGUCUGUCUUUAGUGACAGUGAAGACGAGAGCAGUGUUGUGCAGGAGCCAUGUAAAGGAAAUACAGGUAACAGUUUUUUUUGUUGCAGCAUUUCAUUGUCUUUGUACACAGUGGAGCAGAAAAUGGUGUUCAGUUGAAGAGUUAUGCAUAUGGACUACAUUUUUGUCUCACAGACAAGAAAACAUUGAUUGACCCAAAGGUAAUUGAGCUCGAAGAUGACUCAGAACUGGAGGAUGAACUUGAUUACAUCCCCCCAUCUCCAAUUUCUGAUGAGGUUUCUUACACGACUUCUACACAAAACAAAAGGUCAGAUUUUUGUUUUCUUUAACCAGAAUUUACACAAACAUUUCUGUAUGAACAGCUGAGUUAUGCCACUUUCAUAAACUCAGCUUUCAGUUGUCACUACUGAUAUCAUCACGGUUGAUGUGUUGAACUGCAAAGAAAAAAGAUAAGGAAAAGAUGCACUACUACAUUUUACAUAGCAGCUAUUGCAAGUAAAAUGUGUCAAAAGCAAAAAGGUACAAUUUUACAAUCAGCAAUGUUGAUGCAAGUGAACUUGUAGAAAAUAAGAACCUGCAUGCUUGUGCCAGAGUCAAGUCAAGAAAGAUGAAAAUAUUCACAGAUUCAGCCUCCCUGGUGCAAUGACUCACCAGUCGAACAUUGCUUUUACAAACCCAGCACCGCUUUCUCUCCUCACUAAGGUAGACAAAUGCAACAACUUGAUUUAAAUCAGUACGAGCCAAUUUACACUCGCCUCUGUGCAGAGACUGCUGUCAUUUGACCGCAAAAGGACUAUCUACAAAUGGAAAUAAUGAAAACAAAAAAAUGCAACAAAAAAUUUGAUACAGUAUUAAACCAAGAAAAUUUCAAAUCCAGCACAUGUGACUUUUGUUUGAGUCGAUUCACACACACUCACAGUAACAUUUCAUUAGAGUUAUCGCACUGGAUUAUCUCACUACUCUUCCCAUCCCUGGAUCUGAGAACUUUCUGUCAUAAAGACUCGACCAAUAAAAUAAUUUUUAAACUUUUUUUUAUCAGAUCAAAAUCCGUUGAUGCUCCAAGCAAAGACAGUCUUGUAACAUCAAAGACACCCAAGCCAACACUCGAAGGACGCUCAGAUCACCAACUCAAAGACAAACCAAGUGGGUUUCAUUAAGUUUCAUUAUUUAUUUAUUUUUUGAAUGUGUCCAUCUGCACCUGGUUGAAUGGUUCCCUGUUUUUGCGUUCAAUUGUUGUUUCCAUCUGUGUUCCAUUUUCUUGUUACAGGUGAUCAGCUAUUCAGUAUCAUGGAUUCCAUUUGUGCUUUAGUUGAUCUGAUCCCUGAGCAUGAACUGAUAGCUCUGUCUUGUGGAGAUGAGCUUCUGUUGAAAAGGGCUCAAAGGUGUGUACGGCUGAGUAUGAAGCAGCUUUGUGAAUGAUCUUUAAAUAUGAUGACGCCUCAGUUGAGUUAAAAUCAUGUCUUUAUCACACAGGAAGAGGAUUCUUGCAAUGGGGGGUGACAGUUUGAGGAUGCAGCAGCCUGACAGCACUGUGAUCUCUGAGCCCAGCUUUAAAGAAAAAUCUUCCAGUUAUGACGUGUCUGAUGGUAUGUCCUCCAGCAGCUCUGUUCUUGUGGACUCCAGGAAGCUUCCUCAGAUCAGGAGGUCUUCAGUUAUAACUGUGGAUUACAACUCUGAUCACUCUGACAGUGUUAUUGAUGUAAAACCUGUGAAAAACUCAGACAACAGGGGAUCGUUCAUGAAAAAUGAGAGCUUCUGCCACAAUUCGCCAAGCGUCCACGACCUCACAAAACCAUCUUUUAAUUUCUCUGGGAAAGCAAACUCAGAUCUCGAUGCUUCGGAUCUCUUUUUCUCACCCAAGAAGCCUGGGCCUGUCGCUCCGAGCAAAUUAAGUUCCUCAUCAACCAUACCAAGAGUAGAAGACAUGGAACCAGAUGAUUUUUAUGACGACAAUUUCGACAUAGACGAUUUUAAUGACUCAGAUAUCCCAGACUAUUUUGACGAACCGCAAGCGGCACCAGUGCCAGGAAAAAACUCCAGCAGAGUGACGACAACAGUGAAAGAGGGGGGGCCGAGCACGUCUUCAUGGGAGAGAAAACCAACAACUCCUGUCUCUGCACCGAAGCCUUCAAACAUGAGCUCUCCAGGUAAUUCAGCAUGACCUGGAUAAAGUAAUGGUUUUCAUCGAUAAAGAUGAGUGUUGAUUGUCAUCUUUACUUUUGUUGCAGAGCCAAAUUUCAGAAACCCAGCCCAUGAUCGCUUCAGAGGUUUCAACUUCUCAUACUCACAAGAAAUGAUGAAGAUCUUUCACAAGCGUUUUGGUCUCCAUCAGUUCAGGUUCAAUCAGCUGGAAGCCAUUAAUGCGAGUCUUCAAGGAGAAGACACGUUUGUUUUGAUGCCCACAGGUAAACAGAGAUAAAAAUGGUCAAACCUUUUAUCUCAACCCUACAACAAUAGAUUAAAGGGAUAUUCCGGCGUAAAAUAAAGUUAGGGUUAAAACACACUGUAACACUGAGUUAGACACCCCAUGGAGAGAUGAAUGUUGCCGAUCGCUUGCUUCUCUAGUUAUACUCCGUACAAACAAGCGGCUGCUGGAAGAGAGUAGGUGAACUGUGUUUAGUCUCUUUUGCUUAAGAAAUUAGGCAAAGUUAAAGUAAGUAAGUAAGUAAACUUUAUUUAUACAGCGCCUUUCACAGACCAAGUGCAACCAUAGCAGCCCCAAGACAGUUAGGGAAAAGCCUGAACAAAUAAAAAGGUCUUUAGUUUCCUUUUGAAGGAGUCCACAGACUCCAUCAAACACAGAGCAGGCGGAAGAUCGUUCCAGAGCUUGGGAGCAACAGCCUGGAAGGAUCGGUCUCCUCUGGUCCGGAAAUGUGUAUGAGGCACCAUCAGAAGAUUCUGACCCACAGACCUCAGAACCCGGGCUGGGGUGUAAGGCUGGAUCAGGUCAUUGAUGUAGGUUGGAGCCUGACCAUGCAAGGCUCUGAAAGUUAAAACCAGAAUUUUAAAAUUUAUCCUAAAAGAAACAGGCAGCCAAUGGAAGAAAUUAGGCAAAGUUAAAAAGAUUUUUGGUGGCUAGUGCUACGGCUAGGAUCCUAUAUGUACUGUUGAUGAAGUUAGGUGCUUUUCUGAGCAUUAUUUGUGGCUAUAGAGUGGCGUUUUGGUUGAGCAUGUGGCUCUCUGUAUUGCUAUUGUACGGUCAUUACUGAAGUUGGUAUAAACAGAGAAGUAAGCGAGCGGCAACAUUCAAUCUCUCGAUGAGCUGUCUAACUUGGUGUCACAGUGUGUUUGACCCUAACUUAAUUUUACAGUGGAAUAUCCCUUUUAAGGAUGCACUUCAAAAAGUCUUACAUCUUUGUGUAUCUGCUGUAUCCAAAGGUGGUGGCAAGAGUCUUUGCUACCAGCUGCCUGCCUGUCUGUCUCCGGGAGUUACCGUGGUGAUCUCCCCUCUCAAAUCGCUUAUCGUAGACCAGGUUCAGAAACUCACCACACUGGAUGUACGUAUGUUUGCUCCUGCUAAAGAAUCAAGUUUGAUUUGAUUAUUAAAUGUGUUGUAUUUGAAAAAGUGUAUUGGUAAUUUUGAAAUAUCUCAUAUUUCAGAUACCAGCAACAAGUUUAUCUGGUGAUAAAAGUGACAGUGAGGCAAGCAGGAUCUACAUGCAGCUGUCACGGAAGGACCCCAUCAUUAAACUGCUCUAUGUCACUCCUGAGAAAGUAAAAAGAUUGCUCCUGUUUGCUGUACAUAAAAGAAACAGUAGCUAGGGUUUCACUCAAGACUGAUGGCUGAUGUUCCUCUUCUUUAGGUGAGUGCAAGCAACAGGCUGAUCUCCGCCCUGCAGAAUCUUUACGAGCGAGGCCUCCUCGCCCGAUUUGUCAUCGAUGAAGCCCAUUGUGUCAGCCAGGUGUGUUCCUCUUCACAACACACAACCUCCUGCAUGUCUUUUUCCUUUAAGCAGAAUUCAUUGUGAAUCAUCCACACAUGUUAAUUCUUUCAGUGGGGCCACGACUUCCGCCCCGACUAUAAGAGGCUGCACGAGCUACGUCGGAAGUUCCCAAAUGCCCCGAUGAUGGCCCUGACAGCCACCGCCACCCCUCGUGUUCAGAAAGACAUCCUCAACCAGCUGAACAUGACUCGGCCGCAGGUGUACGUGCUCCAUCCCAGCUUCUGUCCCAGUUUAUCACACAAGUUCUGUUUUGGUGUCAUGAAUUUAACCAUGCGAUGAAUUUUUAGGUUUACCAUGAGUUUCAACAGAACGAACCUGAAGUACGCUGUGCUGCCAAAGAAACCCAAAAAGGUCGAUGAGGACUGUACCAGCUGGAUUAAGAAGCACUACCCACGUAAAUAAUUCAGAACAAGUUUUUCUCAUCCUGGUUAUUUUUAGGCCUCUGUUGUAGCUGUUUUGUUCAAACUUAGCUCACGACAUAUCCUGAGAGUCUGUCAUAACAGAGCGAUGCUGUUAGGGAGAGAAACCUUGAGUUAAAAGGAAGAAUUGUAAACUAUGUCAGAUGUUACCCCUUUUUAAAGAAUCUGUCUUUUGAGUAAUCCUAUGCAUCUGCAUGUUUUAGGUGACUCUGGCAUUGUGUACUGUCUGUCCCGUAAUGACUGUGACGCCAUGGCCGAGAGUCUGCAGAGAGCGGGGAUAUUAGCUCUGUCUUAUCAUGCGGGCCUGAGUGACGGUGACAGAGAGUACGUGCAGAACAAGUGGAUCAAUCAGGAUGGCUGCCAAGUAAGAUCGUCGCUCGGUCACAUCUAAAAGAUUCCUGGAAGGAUUUAAUUGGUCGACAAAGUGUGUUACAAAUGCACUCUACAUUUAUAUCACUUUCUUUUUUUUGUCUGCCAGGUCAUCUGCGCUACCAUAGCUUUUGGCAUGGGUAUUGAUAAGCCCGAUGUGCGCUAUGUGAUCCAUGCCAGUCUGCCGAAGUCAGUGGAGGGUUACUACCAGGAGUCUGGCAGAGCAGGCAGAGACGGGGAGAUCUCUCAUUGUAUUCUCUUCUACUCUUACUCAGAUGUACAGCGCAUCAAGAGGAUUAUCAGCAGUAUGUGCAAAAUAUAGACUAUUAUUUAUCUUUUGUUUUUGAAAUGUUAGAAGCAUUUUUGUUCCUUUCUCUAUCAGUCCUCACAUGAAUGAAGUCUUUUGAGGAAGCAUGUAUACAGUCUAAAUGUCUGUUUACUAGUAGCUGGUUUAUACAGUAUAUGGUUCUUUUUUUUUAUCCUAGUGGACAGAGAGGGCGACAAGAACGCCAAAGCGACUCAUUUCAACAACCUCCACAGCAUGGUGCACUUCUGCGAGAACAUGGCAGAAUGCAGAAGAAUUCAGCUGCUUGCAUAUUUUGGGGAGCUGAAAUUCAACAAAAGCUUCUGUAAGGACCAUCCAGACGUCACCUGCGACAACUGCUCCAAACCCACAGUAGGAACCUCCUUUUUAUCGAGUCACGUGUCCGCUCAUUCUCUCUAAGCCGACCUGGCUGUUUAUAAUGUGCAACAAUGCAACCUUAAAUGAUUCUGUGCACAGCAAUACAAGAUUCGAGAUGUUAGCGAUGAUGUGAAGAAGAUCGUGAGGUUUGUCCAGGAGAACUGUGAGAAAGUCGGAGCAAAGUUUGGCAAGACUGCCCAGCAGAACCGACUGACCCUGAACAUGCUAGUGGAUAUCUUCAUAGGUAAGUGACACUUAGAUUUUUGGCAUCUUAAAAUCGUGAUUCGUGCGGACAUCAUGCAGAGCUGUCAGUAAAUGUGGAAAAUUAUUUGCUUUUCCGUCAGGAUCUAAAUCUGCCAAGGUACAGACAGGGAUGUUUGGGAUGGGGGGAGCCUACUCCAGACACAACGCAGACCGUCUCUUCAAAAAACUGGUUCUGGACAACAUUCUGGAGGAGAAUCUCUACAUCACCAACAGCGGCCAGACUGUGUCCUAUGUCUCUGCUGGACCAAAAGCCAUGAAUGUUUUGUCAGGAAACAUACAGGUAGCUUUUGUUGGAGUUUAACGAAGUAUUUUUACUUACAAAACUGUUCCUUAGACUUCAAAGAUAACUACUUUCAGCUUAGUCACUAGUUACUCAGCACAGAUCUCCUCUGCUGCUUUAAUGCUGCAUCAUUAGGCACAAAUCUGCUUUUGAUAAACCGUAAUAAUGAAAGUCUGAAACACUCUGUGCUCAAAAUUUCAUCACAGGUCGAGUUCUACGAGACAGAGAGUGCGUCCAGCAUCAGAAAACACAAAGCCUCUGUUGCCAAGAACGUCUCGCAGAGAGAGGAGAAGGUCCAGGAGUGUCUGAAGGAGCUGACUGAUCUGUGCAAGCAGUUGGGAAAAGCUUUUGGCAUUCAUUAUUACAACAUCUUCUCCACUGCUACGUUGAAAAAGAUAGCAGGUAAUUCUUGAAACAGCUCAGUAUUUUAAAUGCCACAACAGUCUUUAUGAUAAAUGUAAAUGAUUACCCUUUUUUCCCCUCAUGAACAGAGAAACUGUCUUCUGAUCCUGAAGUCCUCCUAACAAUCGAUGGUGUGACUGAAGACAAACUGGAAAAGUAUGGAGCUGAAGUCAUUCAGGUGCUAGAUAAGUACGCAGAAUGGCAGCAGCCCGGUAAGAGACCUAACUUAUUUUAGGGAAUAUUUAAAGUUCAAUUUGAUUUCAUAGAUUUUAUGGUAUUUAUCCUACAUUGUCAAUGUCACAGAGGAGCAGACUGACAAUAAGGGAGAUGGAUGGAUCGACACAACAAGAGGCCGCACAGCUGUUGUGUAUGAUGACGAUGAGGACGAAGAGUCUUCCUCCUACUUCCAUAAUCAGGCCCAACAUGGGAAGAAACGAAAGAAAGCUCCGUUCUUCAAGUAUUCCAAAAAGAGGAAAUCAUACAGCAACACAAGUACCAACUCUAAAGGGUCUGUAGUGGAACUGUGGCAUGCUUUGUUAAAUAAUAUGAGUUCAAGUCGAAUAUGAAGUUGUCCAUCAAAGCUGAAGUCUAAUUUCCUCCUUUUCUUUUCUUUUGCCGUGCUGUUGUUGCCAUGGAUACAGUCGUGGCUACAGCAGCAAUAAAUCUUGGUCAUCAUCCAGCUCCAGAGGUGGAUCAAAAGCUGCAGGAAGAGGGUCCAGGAGCUCAGGAGGAGCCACAUCAGCGGGCAGGGGACCAGGCCUCCUCUCGGUUCCAACUCCUCAAACCAAUCACAGACCCUUUUUAAAGCCGACCUAUUCACAUUUUGGUUAAACGUGACCUCUGGGUUUGACUCCAGAACAGAAACUAGUUUUCAACUACAUAACGAAACCAGGUCACUGUAAGUAUGAGCCUUUUCCUGGUUAUUUGCUGACACUGCUUAAAUUCUUUGUAGAUUUUAUGUAUAGUUAAUGUCGUGGUAACUGUCAAGAUUUUUUGUUUAUUUAUUUGUACACUGUCAAAUUUUAUUGUCUUUCAAUUUCAUAAUAAAGACGAGAAAUAGAA